UGAGACUCCAUUGGAUUGUAAUCAGCGUCAUGUCGGAUUCAUGUAAACUACAACAUUGUAACAAAAUGGCGACUGUUUAGGUGACAUCAGUAAUGCUGGCAACGCUGUCAUUUAUCUGCUCAACUCGGCGGAGCGCAAACUCUUCGAUUUAAUCUGGAAUUUUAAUAAACUCAGCUCCUGGUCAGCUGGUGACUACCAUUGUGGAAUUUACUAGUGCCAACUUUUGUUGAAGUUCAAUGUGAGAUACCCAGGAUUGAGAAGAAAUAGUGAGCGGAUGCGGUUGUGGAACAUAACUUCUUGAUCUUACUAAGGAUGUGGAUGUACCCAGUUUUCAGCAGCAGAAAGGGGGAAUCUUUAUGGAUCUCAUUUUUGUGAGGCUAAUUGUUCAACCAUGGUAAAACUUGCAAACCCUCUUUACACUGAGUGGAUUCUUGAAGCAAUACAGAAAAUCAAAAGGCAAAAGCAGAGGCCCUCAGAGGAGAGAAUUUGCCAUGCGGUGGCAACGUCACAUGGACUGGACAAGAAGACCGUCCUUGAGCAGUUGGAAUUAAGUGUUCAUGAUGGCUCUAUCCUCAAGGUUACAAAUAAAGGAAGCGCCUCCUACAAGGACCCAGGACAUCCCGGAAGAGUUGGAUCAAUCUUGCCUGCAAAUGCACCUGUGCCAUCAAAGGAAUCUAUAUGGAAUUCGAGCGAUCUGCGCCAUAUUGAUUGGAAUAAAAUGCUUAGGAGGGCCAUCGAAGGCCUGGAUGAUACCCAUGGCUCCUCGCUAAAGAACAUCGAGAGGUAUCUGAGGAACCAGGAUGACCUCUCAGACAUUGUUGAUAACCCCGCUUUCCGGCAGAGGUUGCGGCUGGCUGCUAAGCGAGCAGUUAACACUGGCAGGUUGUCAAAAAAUGGUCCGAGGUAUAAGCUCAGCCAUGGAAGCGUAGAGGGAAGGAGCUCCAGGUGUCCAAGUGCUUCCACCUUGGUCCUGUCAUCUGUGACACUCCUCCCCCACGAGCGAGACCAGCUCCGGGUCGACCCCAUCCCAAUAUGCAGUUUCUGUCUCGGAACGAAAGAGUCAAAUCGGGACAAGCGGCCAGAAGAGCUGCUGUCCUGUGCAGACUGUGGGAGCAGUGGACAUCCAUCAUGUCUGAAGUUUUCCACUGAAUUAACCUCAAAUGUGAAGAGAUUACGGUGGCAGUGUAUUGAAUGCAAAACCUGCAGCUCCUGUCGAAUACAGGGGAAAAACGCUGAUGAGAUGCUGUUCUGCGAUUCAUGUGAUCGGGGCUUUCACAUGGAAUGCUGCGAUCCGCCGCUUUCAAGAAUGCCAAAAGGAACCUGGAUCUGCCAAGUCUGCAGGCCGAAGGAGAACGGGAAGAAACUGCUGCACAAGAAAGCCGAUCAGAUCAAACGUCGAUAUGCAAAGCCAAUCGGAAGGCCCAGAAAUAAGCUCAAACAAAGAAUGUCUGUAACCAGUGGUGACGGCUCCAUGGUAGCACUGGGAGGAAGGGGGUCACCUGGUAGGGGUCAAAAGAUUACCGUCUGUUCCACACCUUCAUCUGGUCAUGCUGCAUCUGUGAAGGACGCCCGAGACAGAUUUGCUGUUGCAGACCCUUGUUGUGCGGUCGACGCCACCCAAUUCACCACUUCCACUCCCUCCACCACUCCCCUCCUCACGCCCACCUCCACCCCAGCUACACUCACUGUUAACAAGAAAAUUAAAGGGCUUAUCGAUGGGCUUUCGAAAUUCUUUACUCCUUCCCCCGUGGGCCGUCACAUGCGAGCUGUAGCCAUAGAGUCGCCCGCCAAACAGUUAAGCUCUAGAGAAAAGGGUCCACCCAAACUGUCCAAGCCACCAGAGCUGUUUGCCUUUGCUGCUGAUGCCUCUCAAAAGAUAACCCCCUCAUCCUCUGCACUUCCUCCUGCUUCCACAUUGCCCGGACUUAGCCCCCCCUCGCAGGUGUCCAGCAGCUCCACUUCUGCUAACUCUCCCCAGAGCUCUUCCAGCCAGUCUAGUGUUCCUUCCCUGAGUAGUCUCUGCAAUAGCAGCCAACUUAAGGGACUUUUUGACGGACUCUCUCACAUUUUUACUACUCAGGGACAGUCACGGAAAAAGCGACUACCUUCCUAUGCGCCACCUAAGCCCCUGCCCCAUAAGCAGUACUCCCCCCAUACGUCCAAAACGGGGCCCCAGCGCCUUGGAAAGAGCGAGUUUAAUAAAAAUAGGUUAGACUCCACAACUGCUGGGCCAGGCCGACCCAGAGGACACCCGUUUAAGAUGGUCAGUCAUUUCAAACGUAACCCUUUCUUUAAAAAGCGCAGGACACUAGGCAGGCUGAGGUAUAAAGGGAGCCCUCAGAAGGGAGCCCUCUCACCAGGAAAGGGAGACUUGACUGACGGAAGAAUUAAGCCUGAGAAUAAUCAUGGCCACAACGGGGAGCUGCACGUGAAGCAGGAGACCCAGGCAGACUUUGCGGCCAUGUCCAGAGACCACGUCACAGAGGAGGACAUCGAGACCUUCACACGAAUCCAGGAACUCGCUGCUCAGAGAACCGGAUCUCGUUCAUCACUGAUGAACACAGACUCCGUUCGAUGCCCCGCUGUCAUUGAAUUUGGGAAGUAUGAGAUCCAGACCUGGUACUCAUCACCUUACCCACCUGAAUAUUCAAGAUUACAAAAGCUUUAUAUAUGCGAGUUCUGUCUGAAGUACAUGAGAAGCAAAAACAUCCUCCAGAGACACACAAAGAAGUGUGGCUGGUUCCACCCGCCAGCCAAUGAAAUCUACAGAAAGGACAACCUCUCUGUAUUUGAGGUUGAUGGAAAUGUCAGCAAACUAUUCUGCCAAAACCUCUGCCUGUUAGCCAAGCUUUUCCUGGAUCACAAGACCUUGUAUUAUGAUGUGGAGCCUUUCCUCUUCUACAUACUUACAAAGAAUGAUGAGAAAGGCUGUCAUCUUGUGGGCUAUUUCUCCAAGGAAAAGCUUUGCCAGCAGAAGUACAAUGUCUCCUGCAUAAUGAUCAUGCCUCAGUACCAAAGGCAAGGAUUUGGAAGGUUCCUUAUUGAUUUCAGUUACCUUCUCACCAGGCAAGAAGGACAAGCUGGAUCCCCAGAGAAGCCGCUGUCAGAUCUGGGUCGCUUAUCCUACCUGGCAUAUUGGAAAAGUGUCAUACUGGAGCACCUUUAUAAGCACCCAGAUAAACACAUCAGUGUUAAAGGAAUAAGCAGGGCCACUGGGAUGUGUCCACAUGACAUCGCCGCUACUCUCCAGCAGCUUGGCAUGAUUGACAGACAGGAUGGCAGGAUCGUGCUGAUCAGAAGGGAACGACUGAUUCAGCGACACAUGGAGAAGCUCAGGGCGAACCCACGUCAGAUCGAGGUGGAUCCAGACGCCCUGCGUUGGACACCUUCCACCACUCUGAACGCUGUCCUGUCUGAGGAGGAGAGGGAAGCAGAGAUGGAUGCUGAGCGGCUGAAGGAGCAGGCCAGUUGCUGGGAGAAGGAGGAGAGAGAGGGCUACAUGAUGACUCACAGUAGUAGGCAACCUCUCACGAAGGUCCACUGUAAGGUUCCCUACAGGACCUACGAACGAAGGCCCGCACCGCCCUGGACCAGGCGCAUCCAGCUGACUGAGGAAGUGAGCGAUGAGGAAGCUGACGACGAUGACGACGACUCAGAUGGCUCACCACCCAUCUUGACAAAAGCCCAUGCAAUGCUUGCAGCCAAGAGAAAGAGAACCCUGGUUCUGAAGAAGAGAGGGCGUAAAAGAAAGCGGAUAAACAGCAGCGUAACGACAGAAACCAUCUCAGAGACGACAGAGGUGCUGAACGAGCCAUUCGACAACUCGGAGGAUGAGCGUCCCAUGCCCCUUCUGGAGCGCACUUUUAGAGUCGGUGAGAUGGAUGAAGAAGAUGAGGAGGAGGCACACAAGGACAAGACACCAGCUGCACCGAUAAAACGACGAAGAGGUCGCCCAAGGCUGGAGAAAAAUGUGCAAAAAGACAAUCUCGAACACUGGAAUGAAGGAGCUGAUCUUCUCUCUAAGAGACCCAGCAAACCCCGUCCAGUGAAACGGAAGAAAGGCUGGCCCAAAGGAGUGAAACGUGGACCUCCUAAAUGGAAGCUAAAGAACGAAAGAAAGAUGGGCUUUAAGCUGAACCUCUACACACCCCCUGAAACUCCAAUGGAGGCAGAGCAGCACCACAUUCAUACUGAGGAAGCAAAGGAUGGGCCGCACCAGGAUGGCGUCCAUGUCGAUGAGGGCAGCAAGGCAGGCAGAGGCUCGGCAAGUCCCAAUAUAAUGCUGGACAGGUUCCCCUCUGAGCCCCCAAGUCCUGCUGACCAUGGCUCCCACAAGUCGAGCUCUCCAGAAGCAUCACCGGUAGCUUCUCUGGUGUGCUCCCCAGCUGCCUCUCCUGGCGCAGUGUCCCCAAGGCAAGUUGAUGCAGCUGAUUCACCAGAACCACCUGAAGAUGACCAGCAGGAGGUCCAACAUGAGCAGAAAUCCCCAGCCAAAGAUGUAGUGCACAGCACAGAGGGUGCUGUAUCGCUAGAGAAUGAGAAUGAGGAAAAUGAGGAGGGCGAGCAAAGAGCCCAAAUAGAGGAUCAGGAUGCAGAUGAUGAAGAUGACCGCCACAGCAAGACAGCAGGGCCAGAGAAUAAUACAGAAGACCUGGAAGAGAGUUCAAAAGACUUACCCAAAUGCAUGCCAACUUUUUUAGAUGCAAAAGAAGACAAUGACUCUGAGUUGAGUCAGCAGGUUUCUACAGUACUCUGUAGUGAAGCGGAACCAGCUACUGCUACAGAAAGCAUCCAGGAUAGUGCGCCGGCAGAACCAUCAGAAGCAACACCGGCACCUGAAGCAGCAGCAGUCACUUCAAAAGCAGCUGUAGACUCUGAUAAUCCUGCAGACUCUGAGUCAGAGGAAGAGAGUUUGCAUAGUCCUUGUCCAGAACACCACCUGCCUCUUCCGCCUGCAGAGAGGCCAAUACUCAAUCCCAUGCUGAGGGAGGAUCCCCCAGUCUGCACAGAGAUUGACUCAGAGACAGCCCAAGCUGUUCAGUCCCUGACGCAGGAGACCGAGCGGGAGAAUGUUUUCCAGGACUGCGUGGAGAGCCAGGAGCCCUGCAGGAACCUGCAAACGUAUGCCCAUGUGAGCCAGAGCCCCCAGAUCACCUCGCUGGACGACUGUCCUCAGUCAGAUCACAGCAGCCCCCUUUCCUCUGCGCACUCCCAUCCCAGCCAAUCAGUACGCUCAGUUAACAGCCCAGCUGUCUCCAUCCUGGACAGUGGCUACACGCAGAUCAGCCCUGACCACAGUGCCAUCUCAGUGCCGUCGCUCCAUAAUAUGGAGACAAGUCCCAUGAUGGAUGUACCGUCGGUGUCGGAUCACUCGCAGCAGGUGGUGGACAGUGGCUUCAGCGAUCUGGGCAGCAUUGAGAGUACGACAGAGAACUACGAGAACCCCAGCAGCUACGACUCCACCAUGGGCCAGAACAGCUGCUCAUACGGCAGCAUCCCCCCUAGCGCUGCCCAGAGCAGCUGCGCCGUGAGCCAACAAUGGCUGCCGUUACCCGGCAGCUGCGGGAUGAUCCAGCAGAACAGCCUGAGCUCACCGCCGCACUGCAACGUCAAGUCACCGCAGGGCUGCGUCGUGGUUGAGAGGCCUCCGAGCAACAGCCAGCACAACCAGCACAGUCAACACAGCCAGCGCAGCCAACACAAUCAACACACCUCCCACAGCAGGCACGGCCCACACAAUCAGCACACCCAACACAAUCAGCACGGUCCACACAAUCAGCUUACCCAGCACACUCAACACAAUCCCCACAACCAGCAUAGCCACCACCACAAUCAUCACCUGCAGCACAAUCAGCUCAGCCAGCACAAUCCGCAUGCUCAGCAUAGCCUUCACAAUCAGCACGGUCAGCACAGCCAGCAGCAGUCUAUGACUCAGUGCGCCAUACCCACCAAUUUCGCCACCACCAUGCAGCUGGCAGACAUCCCUGAAUCUGGCAACCCAAACUUUACCCUCUAUGAGAGGAUCAACCACCAGGGGGAGUAUGGCAGCGGGCACUAUUCUCAGUCCUCUGGCCUUAGUCUCGCCAAAUUGCAACAAUUUACCAACACAUUCAUAGAGCACCCUCACUCGCUGCCUUUCAACCACUCGGCCUCACACCCCAUCACAUCAUACGCCAACACCCCCUCAUUAUCAUCACAGCACUCUAGCCUGGUAUCCUUGUCCCAGACGCCACAUCGAGUCCCCAACCCACAGGUGCAGGCCACCGUGACCCCGUCCCCGAAUCUCAGCUCACCGCCACCCAUGAUGCUACAGCGCAACAUGGGCAUCCCGCACUCGCAGCGGAUCCAGCCUCAGAUGGCCUCCAAAAAUCACAUCUCUGCACGCUCCAAGUCGGCCUCGCUGUCGCACCACCAGCAGCAGAUGUACCCCCGGCCGCCACAGGCUGUCGCCAUGCAGGCGCCAUCCAGGACGCUGACCGCCAUGCCACGCAUGAACAUGAGCAUGAACAUCAUGCCGGCACCAGCCUACAACGUCAACUCCAUGAACAUGCCCUCCCUCAACGCCAUGAACGGCUACAGCAUGAGCCAGCCCAUGAUGAACAGUGGCUACCAUGGCAACCAUGCCUAUAUGAACCAGUCACCCCAGUACUCUAUGCAGAUGGGCAUGAUGGGAACACAGCCAUACCCCCAGCAGCCCAUGCAGGCUCCACCACAUGGCAACAUGGUGUACACUCCAGCUGGGCACCAUGGCUACAUGGACACAGGCAUAUCCAAGCAGUCCCUGAAAGGGCCUUUCAUCAGGCGGUAACUGUCCGCAGGACUGAGCUGCUUCUCCUCGUGUGCAUUUUGCUGUUAAAAGAUGCACUGAUUUGGCCUUUUCCCUUUUUUCUUUAUUUCUUUUUGUGUGUGUGUGUGUGUGUGUGUGUGUGUGUGUGUAUGUCUUCAUUUUU